UUUCGCUCUUCGCAUCCUUGGCACCGACAACGUUGUUGAAUCAUCAUUGCAUUUUUGCAACAUUCUGAUGAUUCAUAUCAGACAUCUCUCGUGGACUUUGAUCUUGCUGCAAAAACCAACAGACACGAUCCGCUCGGACGAACGAUCACUCCGAACAAAAGUCUAUCCUAUCUCAAGCUGCAAACAAUAGGCCGACUUGCCAUCUUGCACCAUUGCCUCCUGAUGUUUCAACACAUGUCGGGAGAACAUAUCGAUAUGAUUAUCAAUCUCGAGUUGUAGGUGCCUGGAGAGUUGUAUGAUACAUAAGCAACGGCAACUCAUAUUCUUUCGAGAAACUAAGUACAAACCAAUAUCGUGAACACAUUACAGAGUGACAUCAUUACAGACAUCAAUCAUCAUGUCUCUAAUUUCAGAGAACAAGCCCGACUCGUACGAAAAGGACCUCGAAGAUGGACGUGCAGUCACUCCCGACCAGAAAGAGGAAGAAUUUGACAGAGGCAUGCCAAAGUGGAAAUGGUUUCUAGUCUGUGUUGGCAUCUACACGGCCGCACUUCUAUACGGUCUUGACACGACCAUUGCAGCAGAUGUCCAAGGGCCUAUCCUCGAAGCUUUCGGCGAUAUCGAGAAGCUUUCAUGGGUGGGCAUUGGUUUCCCCAUGGGCUCGGUAUCGAUCGUUCUGCUUGUCGGAGCUUUAUAUGCACUGUUCGAUAUCAAGUGGCUAUUCAUUGGCAGUCUGGUACUCUUUGAAGCCGGUAGCGCUCUCUGCGGUGCUGCUCCUGACAUGAAUGCUCUCAUUGUUGGUAGAGUCGUUGCUGGCAUGGGCGGAGCAGGCAUGUACCUUGGUGCCUUGACAUACAUCACAACAUUCACGAGCAAGAAAGAGCAACCUAUCUACAACGCCCUGAUCGGUCUGUGCUGGGGUGCAGGCAGUAUCCUCGGACCUGUCGUCGGCGGAGGCUUCGCUGUCAGCUCUGCUACCUGGAGAUGGGCCUUUUACAUCAACCUGCCCCUAGCAGCCAUCAGCUCGCCCGUAUAUCUCUUCCUCUUCCCGUCUUAUAACCCCAAGCCGGAACUGAGUGUCAUGCAAAAGCUCGCCACAAUCGACUGGCUGGGUGCUUUUCUAUUUGCAGGCAUCUUCGCGAUCUUGCAAGUCGCGCUGACCUUUAGCGGCUCUCUCUGGAAGUGGGAUGAAGCAGGUCCCAUCGCACUUUGGGUCGUAUUUGCUGUCUUCUUGCUCGCCUUUGUUGUUCAGCAAGGCUUCAGCAUUGGUACAACAACUGAGCGCCGCCUCUUCCCCGUACAUUUCCUCAAGAGCAGAACAAUGUGGCUGCUCUACACUGGAACUGCAGCAUCAUCUACUGGACUCGCACUCGGUGUCUACUACAUUCCAGUCUUCUUCCAAUUCACAAAGGGCGAUUCGCCUAUCAAGGCUGCUGUACGACUACUUCCCUACAUCUGCGUCUUCGUGGCUUCGGUCAUGUUGAGUGGUGGUCUUUUGCCAGCUUUCGGUCGCUACCAGCCUUUCUACAUCUUGACUGGUAUCCUGUUGAUCAUCGGCGGCGCCUUGAUGCAUACCGUUCACGUCGACACCUCUGUAACAAGCAUCUACGGCUUCGAAGUUCUCAUGGCCUUCGGAGCAGGAAUGAGCAUGCAAGUAGCCUACUCCGUCGCCGUCGCCAUCGUCGACAAAUCAGACACCCUCAACGCUGUCGGCUUUAUCAAUGUAGCUCAAAUCGGCUCCUUAUCCAUCGGUCUCUCUAUUGCCGGCUGCCUGUACCAAAACAUCGGCUUUGACAAUAUCAAGACCGCUCUGUCGGCGUACAAUUUCUCGGAUACAGGGAUUAGAGCUGCGCUUGGGGGUGCUCAUUCUACCAUCUUGGCUGGUGGGGAUAGAGUGCUGCAGGGCUUGGUGCUUGAGGCUAUUGCUGCCACGCUGAGGGAUAUUUGGGUGCUUACUAUUGCUGCUGGUGCGGUUGCUCUUGUUAGUGGCUUGUUCAUGAAGAGGGAGAAGUUGAAUUUAGAGAUGACUGCUGGAGGUUGAGAAUCAAUCAUGAGUUCGCAUACUACUAAUCAUUGAAGCCUGUUAAUUUGGG